GAGAGAGAGAGAAAACUCUUGUGAAGAGUGUUUUGUACUACAAAAACAACAAAACCUUUUAUUUAGCUGUAGCUUAAAAUGAAUAUAAAAUAUGCUUCAAUGCUGAAUAUAUGAUUUUUACAACUUGCAUUACAAGGACCAUGUGGCGCACAUAAGUCGUAAAACAUUUUGCCGCGAAAAACAAAUAAACCGAUACGAAAGAGAGAGAAGAGAAAGAGAGAGAGUACCGUUUGUUUACGUGUGUGACGUUUCACUGACGAACUGAACCUGCCAAUCUAAACGAAGAGCUACCAAAUGCCAACAGUGGGUUAAAAUAAGCUGCUGGUGUUCGAAGAGUUUUUGUGCUAUUUAACUGUUUUUUAAGUUGUAAAACGAUUUGCAAAGUAGUGCAGUAUGUCCACUUCCGUUACAUGUAUUGCACCGGUAAACAUAGCCAUCAUAAAAUACUGGGGAAAGCGUGACGAUGACCUGAUUUUGCCGAUAAACGAUUCUAUCAGCGUUACCCUCUCGACGGACCACCUUCGUACGAAAACAACGAUCACUGCCGGUCCUGAGAUAGUAAAGAAUGUGCUUCGCCUAAACGGGGUAGAAGAGUCUUUCGACAAUCCACGUAUUCAACGAUGCCUGCAGGAAGUACGUAAGAAAGCUAAAGCGUCUGGGAAAUGCUCGAAUCCCGAGAUACUGGAUUGGAACAUUCAUGUUGAAUCGGAGAACAAUUUUCCCACUGCUGCAGGGCUCGCUUCGAGUGCGGCAGGCUAUGCUUGUUUCGUGUACACAUUGGCGACGCUUUACGGAAUCGAAAGUGAAGAGUUGAGUGGUAUAGCCCGCAUGGGAAGUGGUUCGGCAUGCCGUAGUCUUUACUCCGGUUACGUACAGUGGGCUCGUGGUGAACGUGCUGAUGGUACGGAUUCAUUGGCAGUUCAGCUAGCUCCGGCUUCAGCCUGGCCGGAAAUGCAUGUACUUAUCCUAGUCGUGAGCGAUCGUAAAAAAGCUACCGCUUCAACGCAAGGAAUGGCCACAAGUGUUAAAACGUCAGAUUUGCUCAAGUAUCGUGCUUCCGUAUGUGUUCCAGAGCGUGUGGAGUUGGUGCAAAAGGCCAUCGCUCAAAAGAACUUUGACACUUUCGGACGCAUUGCCAUGAAGGAUAGUAAUCAAUUCCACGCCAUCUGCUUGGACACAUAUCCACCCUGCUUCUACAUGAACGAUGUGUCACGCUCAAUAGUCCGCAUGGUAGAUCAAAUCAACAAGCUGGCAGGGGAAAAUGCACCCGUAAAAGUGGCCUACAGUUUUGACGCUGGUCCGAAUGCAUGCCUGUUUUUAUUGGAGAAAGAUGUUGCCGAAGUGUCGGCCAUCAUACGACGUGUCUUUCCGUUUAAUGAAUGUACGACAGAGGAGUACUAUAAAGGCAUUCCGAAUUAUGAGCCAGCUAUCCAAGCGGUUCCUACUUCGAUGUUGGAGUCGUUCGCGGUUGAAGAACCGAAUCAGCUACGCUACAUCAUUCACACGAAAGUUGGCGAUGGGCCGAAACGUGUCGAUUAAACGGAGAAAAGUUGCUUACAUCAAUAUUCAUUAACUACCUAGCAAGUACUAUUUUUUCUGGUGAUGAUUUCAUUGCUUCCAGGGGACUUUUGGGAAGGCUUAUUUAUAUUUAUAUUUGUAUUUUGUAUUAAAAUAGCUUACUGGGGUUUGCAAUAAAAGAAAAUGCA